AUGGCUUUUCGACAGCGUGUGCUGCCCCUCCUCGGCGCUUCUGCCGUCGGUGUUGGCAUCGGAUACUACGUCUUUGAUCCGCUGCUGCAGCAGUACGCCAAGGACACCAACGGCACCUUUGUAGCCGGUCCCCCUGGCAGCAACGCCCUGCCCGACCUCAAGCCCCACGCCGGAGCCACCACCGAUCUCCACGAGCGCCCUCCUCUCGGCUCCGACGCCGCCCGAGGCGUGUCCGGCAUCAUCGCGCGUCCGGGCACCGACCUCAAGCACAACGAUCCCAACCAGAUCCCCGGCAGCGUCCCUUACGGCACCGUCUCCAAGGAACUCGAGAACCUGCGCAACAACGUUCGCAACAAGGUAGACCACGCCGAGCAGAAGCUCCACGAUGCCAAGAGCGACGUGAAGAGCACCUGGCGCUCGGCAAAGAACAGCGCCGAGGAUGCUGCCGACUCGGCUGCCAACAAGGCCGAGGCCCUCAAGCAGGACGCCAAGUCCAGCUGGCGCUCCACCAAGUCCGCAGCAGAAGAUAAGGCCGAUGAGGCCGCAGCCAAAGCCAAGUCUGGAUGGUUCACCACCAAGGACAAGGCUGACGAGGCUGCCAACGAGGCGAAGAGCAGCUGGUUCUCCUCCAAGUCGGCUGCUGAGCAGAAGGCUGACGAGGCCGCCGCAUCCGCCAAGCAAGGCUGGUUCACGGCCAAGGACAAGGCCGAUGAAGCCGCCAACCAGGCCAAGAGUGGAUGGUUCUCCACCAAGUCGGCUGCCGAACAGAAGGCUGACGAGGCCGCCGAGUCGGCCAAGCAGGGCUGGUUCACCGCCAAGGACAAGGCAGCCGAGGCUGGAGAGCACGCCAAGCAGGGCUGGUUCUCGACCAAGUCGGCUGCUGAACAAAAGGCGGACGAGGCUGCUGACUCCGCAAAGCAAAGCUGGAACGCGGCCAAGGACAAGGCGGCCGAAGCCAAGGAGCAGGUCAAGCAGGGCUGGUUCGCUACCAAGGACAAGGCUGAGGAGGUCGGCGAGCACGCCAAGCAGGGAUUCUUCUCCACCAAGUCUGCUGCCGAACAGAAGGCCGACGAGGCCGCGGCUCAAGCCAAGAGCGGAUGGUUCUCCACCAAGUCGGCCGCCGAGCAGAAGGCCGAUGAGGCGGCUGCACACGCCAAGUCUGGCUGGUUCUCCGCCAAGGACAAGGCGGCAGAGGCUGGGGAGCAGGCCAAGCAAGGCUGGUUCUCGACCAAGUCUGCUGCCGAGCAGAAGGCAGACGAGGCGGCUGCACAAGCCAAGUCCAGCUGGUUCUCUACCAAGUCGGCUGCCGAGGACAAGUACGACCACGCCAAGAAUGAGGCUCAGAAGGGCUGGUUUGACCUUAAGGGCAAGGCCGAGGAUGCUGCCGACGAGGCUCGCAGCAAUGUCCACAGCUACCGCGACCAGCUCGAGCACAAUGCUCAGCAAAAGAUUCUCGCGGCGCAGUACAACGCCGAGGUGCGUGCCGGUGAGGUCCAGGGACGUCUUUCGGACGAUGUCAAGCAGCUCAAGGGUGACUACAAGGGACUCAAGAGCGACCUCAAGCAGACUGGUCAGGAGUGGAAGUCGGACCUGGACGCCAAGGCGCGCGACGCACGCAACCAGGCCGAGAGCAGCUACCAAAACCUGCGCGACCAGUCGCAGCAGGGCUACAAGAACCUCAAGGACGAGGCCAACUCGAGCUUCUACACCCUCAAGGACAAGGCGGACAGCGGCUACGAGUCGCUCAAGUCCAAGACUGCCGACGGCCUUGACUAUGCCGGCGACAAGCUGCACCAAGGUGCCCGCAAGGUCGAGGGCACGCAGAAGCCCGAGUCGACCGGACUGUGGAACUGGAUCUUUGGCAAUGCCCGUGCCACUGAGAAGGUGGCCUCCAACCUCGAGUAA